CUUUGUUCCGCAGCGAUGAAACCCCUAAAAUUCAUCGGAGAUGUGCGAGAAGGACAUAAAAAAAGAGAUCUUCAAACCACAGAAUUCAAGAUUGCGACAGGAAAUUCCUUUUUUGGCGUUGGUGAAGUGAAAGAGAACACGACACAUUGAUUAGAGAGACAUUUUUCGUGAAUUCUGUCGAGGAAAGUAACUUGAGUGUGAUAAGAUAUCGAUGGGUAAUGAAGAAAUGUGAUUUUUGCUUUGGUCACACUUCUAAAAAAAAUGAAUGAUUACACAGAGACUUGAAUGUGUGCAAGAGCAUAAAUGGAUUUCCUCAAUGGUGUCACAUUUAGUUUGCAAUGUGGAACCUCCUCAAAUGAAUGGAGUAACGCACAAAAAAGAAGAGUGUGGCGUGGAAGAGAGGCGAUAUCUGAAAAAGAUAUCAAAGUGAAUAAACUAUGCAGUUGGUUUCAUACGAUAAAUAAUAAUAUUGGCUAUGGAAUGGGUGAUUGCCAAAUAGAAAGUGGUGAAAAUUCGCCACAAUUAAAUAUGAAUGCAAUCAUGACUUCUAAUGCAUCCAACCAAAGAAUUGGUACAGCUCGAGAGCGAACAAUACAAGCUGUUGAGUAUUACAACAACAAUGUGCUGAGGGCACGCGUCGGUGCCGGACUGGCCGGAGCACGGGCGUCUGUGAGUGAGCGGCAUCUCAUGCAGAAUCGCACCAAGGCGGGAAAUCUGUAUGGGCACCACACGGAAAAUCUCUACAGAAGCAACUCGAGCCUGGAACUGCUGCACGAUCAUGUGAACUUCAAGAGUGACUUCGACGCCAAUCCGCCGUCGGGCGGGCUGAGGCGUGAAUACGGCAGUCACGGCAGCAUUCACGUGAUCUCGUCAGAUCGUCGCACGCCGACGACGGGCGAGAGCUUCUUCGCCAUGCUGCAGGACUACAGGCCGGCGGUGUUGAACGUGAUUGGCGUGGAUCAGCGCUCUCCGGGCCCCGAUGAAUAUCUCAAGGGGAAGAUUGCGGAGAGCCAGCAGGUGGCGAAGCCCAGUGGAUACACUCAGAGCUACACCAAUCACCAGACCGCCGCCGGUGAGGGUGCAAACAUUGGCAAUUCCAGUCCCAAACUCCUCACGAAGCUGCACAAGAUUUGGGGCCCGACAAAGCAGGGACGCACGCAGAAUCACGAGGAGAUUGCGAGCAAUAUUGUGGCACACAACUCCCUGGGAUACGAUGUGAACGUGUCAUCUGCGGUGGACAUUGAGGAGCGCCAGAGAAGACAGUCUUUCGCUCACUACGAUUGCCAAUCUCUCACGGCAAAUCUCAUCUAUGCGGCCAAAUUGAGGAGUGUUUUGCUCGCUCGGCGACGGAAUACAACGACUGGAGCCUCUGCAGCUUCCAUGCACAAUUCGCGCUCCUCCACGCCGGACGGCGCGAAGAGUGCGGAAGAGGACUUUGGUGAUGGACAGAGCAAUGAAUUGCUGGAAAAUUGUCCGUACUUCCGAAACGAGAUUGGCGGCGAACGGGAGCGCAACGUCAGUAUUACGCGGAUUCAUGCGGCCAAUGGUCCGGGGCAGAGCAAGAAAUCCAUACAUAUCCCAGUGCUGGCCUGCGGACUGUCAAUCUUGGAGUGUGGCAAUGGAGAAACUCUGUGGAAGCCAACAACGUGCCCAUUUCAGGGUGGCGUCAGACCCAUUGAAUAUGUGGAUUGCGGAGCCAAGUACUAUCGUCAAUACUUCCUGGAAAAAGAGCAUCAAAAUUGGUUUGGUGUCGAUGAGGAAUUGGGCCCAAUUGCGAUCUCGCUGAAGCGAGAGAAGAUUCCAAACUCAUCAAAUUCUGUCGAUAGUGAGAUGUCACCGCUAUACCAAUUCCGUGUGGUUGUGCGUACGUCAGAACUGUUGACUCUUCGCGGAUCGAUUCUCGAGGAUGCCAUUCCGAAUCCGCGUGGCCAGGGAAAGUCCCUGAGCACGAAAGAUGUGCUGGAAUAUGUGGCUCCGGAGGUGCAAAUCUCGUGCUUGCGCCUCAGCGUCGCCACGAGUCAGUGCGAACAUCAACUGGUGAAGCUGGAUGAACAGUGUUUGACGGCCAAAUACAAGGUGGGCGUGCUGUACUGCAAAUCUGGACAGAACUCUGAGGAAGACAUGUACAAUAAUAUGGAAUCGAGUGCGGCAUUUGAUGAAUUCCUGGAGACAAUUGGCAAGAAGGUGCGCUUGAAGGGCUUCGAUCACUACAAGGCAGGAUUGGACAACAAAACCGAUUCCACCGGCACACAUUCACUGUAUUCUGUCUACCAGAAUUGCGAGGUGAUGUUUCACGUGUCCACAAUGUUGCCGUACACGCCCAAUAAUCGCCAACAAUUGCUCAGGAAGCGUCACAUUGGUAAUGACAUUGUGACGAUAGUGUUCCAAGAGCACGGCGCAUUGCCGUUCACGCCAAAACACAUCCGCAGUCAGUUUCAGCAUGUCUUCAUCAUUGUUCAGGCCGUGAAUCCAUGCACGGACAACACGCACUAUCGCGUUGCCGUGUCGCGAUCGAAGCAAGUGCCGGUGUUUGGUCCGCCACUUCGUCCGGGAGCGCUCUAUCCCAAGGGAAAGACGUUCGUCGACUUUCUGCUGGCGAAGGUGAUUAAUGCAGAGAAUGCGGCUCAUCGCUCUGAGAAGUUCGUGACAAUGGCCACGCGGACGAGGCAGGAGUAUCUGAAGGAUAUCAUAUCGAAUUACUCGACGACCACACUUGUGGACACCGGACCCAAGUUUUCCAUCUUCCCCAGUAAGAAGAAGGAGAAGCCAAAGCCUCGCUUUCGCGGAGAUUUGAGCCAACGCGGAGCAUUCUGCUGGCACGUUGUUCUGCAUGACAGUGAAACGGCCACAACUAUGAACUGCUUCCUGGGCAUCUCGGCGGAGACAUUUGUCCUGAUCGACGAGGUGACGCGGCAAGUGGUUUUUGUCACGCCCACACGAUCGAUACUGGGUUGGUCGACGAAUGGGAACCUCUUGCGAAUCUACCAUCAUCAGGGUGAAUGCAUAACGCUCAAUAUGUAUGACUAUGGUGAGCGCGAUGAGCAGCUGGAGGUGAUUGAGCGACUGCGAUCUGUGACUCCGGGUUGUGGAGCGCUUGAGCUGAAUCUCUAUCGCAAUCCACUCGGUCAGUUGGGAUUUCACGUGCAGCCGGACGGCGUGGUGACUCAGGUGGAGAUGUCGGGUCAGGCUUGGGCGGCUGGAUUGAGACAAGGCUAUCGCUUGGUGGAGAUUUGCAAGAUCGCUGUGGCAACGCUGUCGCAUGAACAAAUGGUGGAUCUGCUGAAGACAUCGGCUCAGGUGACUGUGACAGUGAUUGAGUCGUUUUCUGAUCGAAGUCCUCGUCGCGGUUGCUUCUAUCAGAACUGCAAGUUCAAUAUCAUGAACUAUGAUGAGGAUUACGAGAAGAAUCUCCCCAGCAUCGCCUCCAGUCAGCAUCAUCCAGUGUCUCCGGUCACUUGUCUGAGGCAAUGCGAGAGGAAUUUCUCGCCGCCUCGAUCGAGUAACAGUUCAGGAUAUGGUACUGGCAGCAGCUAUAGAUCCUUCACGGUUCCCAUUGAGAAUUCAAGGAGUGCUCCUGACAUGGGCACACUCACGAGCUCCUCGAGUGGGCACUCGUCGAACGAUGGGAAUUGGUAUGAUAUUCUCCACACGGAUGAAGACAAUUCGGUGAUCAAGAGGAGGAAUUCGAAGCAUGCCAUUCAGCAGUAUCACAGACAGCCGAAAGAUGUGGUGAAUGCCAGGGCGCAGGCCAUGGCGUCGGUGAAAGUGCACCAGGACAAGGAGGGAUCGGCAACUAAGAGACCAGUGACCUUUGACGGAAGCCAGUUCUCUCGGGUGGACUAUGCAACGGUGCAGAAAGAGCAUUCCGAUGUGGAGCACUCAAGUACAAAUAGUCUGGAGAAGGAGACAAAAGUCUCCGUAGACACCAAUGGAAUCUCUUCUGCGGCCAAAAUGCACUCGAAUGCAUCGAAAAUCCUGGCGGAAGGUCGUCCUGUGUCUGAGCCAAAACUGCGAUCGGGCAGUCGACCGGGAAGUCAAUAUCGAAACAGUGUUCACUAUACCGGCAGCUCUCUCCAGGAGGAUCUGAUGAAGCUCAUUGAUCCUGAUUAUGCUCAAUCUGUGAGUGAUGUGAACAAGGAGUUGAUGAAUCUGGAGAAGGAAAUCCAGAAUAGUGCAAGCCUGCGAAAUAUGCGAGAUUCGCCAAAUAUCAUGACAAAUCUGAUGGAGAAUCUUGAUCUGAUGAGAACAAAGUCACGAUCGAGGGAGGGAAUCAAUUUCGGCAGCACUUACAGUGCGCUGAAUGCACUGCAAUUGCCGGGAAAGCAGGACGAUGAGAAAUCUGAUGAAAAUAUGGAAGUGAUAUUCACUGUGGCGAGACCGGCGACGGUUCUCUCAUCGAAUAGCGAGGGAACCAGUCCAGCGAUGGACAUGAGGCGAACGCAGAAGGCAGCUGAGCAGAUGCGGAAUGGGGAGAAUGGCGAAGAGUCUGAUCAUCAGAAGGACGGCGUGAAGGAGUCUGAUCUGAGGCAUCUUCCUCUGCUGUCCAACACCAACGAAAUGAACUGGUCGAGUCUCGUGGACACAGCCACGAAGGCUAUUAUGCAGAGCAAAGCAUUUGGCAAGGAAACUCCGCCACUCAAGUGUAACGAAUACAUCGAUGGCAGUGAGUUGAAAUUGGAGCGACGCGAGCGUGAGACGCGCUCGAUGGUGAACACGCCGGAGAAGAAGGAUGACUACCGGCAGGGAUUUGAGGUGUCGGGCUCGGUGUCUCUGCCUGAGCUGCAGAGCCAAGUGUCGCAACUGGAGGAUCUGAUAAUUCAGGAGACGAGGCGCCGGAAGUCUCUGGAGUGCGCAGUGAGGCGUCUCACGGAGGAGAACAAGAGGCUGCAGGACGAGAGUCAGGCGGCGGUGCAGCAGCUAAGGCGAUUCACUGAGUGGUUCUUUCAAACAAUAGUGCCUUCGACGAAUCGUGAUGAGGGUGGUUAAGCUUAGGCGUAGGCAUUUUACACAACAGGACACUUGUACUCUUUAUCUAAGCAUUUUCUUAUUUUACGAGAAAAGGACGAAAGAGGGAAAAGGUGACGUAAUUUUAGGGAUUAUUAUUAUAUAUAUACAUUUUUAAGUGUAUUUCUUGACAUUUUCGACAACUUAACAUUGAACAAAGAGAGAAACGAAAUGCUUUUUAAUAUCACUAUUUAUAUGCUUAAAAUGUAAUUUAUUAUAUUGAUAUACUUUUAUGAAAGGAUAUUCUCUCUCUUUUUUUAAAUUUGUAAAAUGUGCCUUGUGACGAAAUUGUAUGUAUUUUAUUUGUUAAUUCUGUAUCAUUCUAUCGGAAAAAAAAUCACUUCACUCAUAUUUAAAUGACAUUUUGACAUGAAAAACACAAUCUCAGUAUAUAUAUAACAUAUUUUACAGAGCCUAAAUGAAAUUCAGAAUAGCGAGCAAAUAAGUAAUACACAAUGAAUGCAUAAAAUCUAUGAUAAUAAGAAUAUUCAUCAGUUCUCUUUAUACAUAUUACUGCGUAGGCAAAGUACGAGUAUUACGAUUAUUUGUAUAGGCAACUAUUUUUAGUGAGUUGUACGUGAUCUCUGAGUUAGUUUUUAAAGUUUACAUUUAGUUUUCGAGAUUGUGUACAGCUUUAUCUGUAUAGUUAUAAAUCUCUUAGCAUUGUGCCUAAUGGUUAAUAAAAUACUACAUUUAUAAAUAACAUCCCUUGUUUCGCCUUGUCACAGUUGAGCUUCUCCAGUCUGGAGAAUUGUGGUGAUGAACAGUGGAAUAUAGGAAAAUCCAAUAAUACCUCUAGAUUGAGUGAGUGUAGUGAAGAAAUAAUGUGAAUGGCGUGCUGAGUAUUUCAAAGUGGUGUGCUUGCGAAGACUUGCGCAUUAAAAGUUGGUAAGAAAGACAAUUUUUGCUGAAUAGGGAAUAAAUU